AGGGUUGAACUCAUGACACCAAUGUGGUUUCCUUAAAAUACUUCAUGCUUCACUUCAACAUUGUUUCUGGUUUAGUUUGUCGUCCUCAGUAAUGCAAAGAUGUGGAGCUUCCAGAUCGUGUUGUUCAUCUUGUCUGUUCAAACAUGAAGAUCUGCACAGCUGAGAUUAAAACCAGAAAACUGAGUGUCCCUCAAUAAUCCACCCAAACUUUGUUGUGGUGAAAAAAAUCUAUUUCCUGUAUUUGUGAGUAAAGCCUGUGAGGUCAUCGGUUGCAGAGUUAUCACUUGACCAAUGCAGAAACAAGACGUUUCACACUUGUGAGUUAAGUCGACACGUUCAAAAGGUGUUAAACCUUCUGACUUUCCGAAUCUCUGACGUUUCCUGUAAAUGUCUCAUUUUAAAAUAACUUCUGCCUCAGUUUAACUCUGGUUUAGAAGAACAAAGAGAUGUGGAGCCAUCAACACAUCAUCGUCUGCACAGCUCUGAGUUUUGUGAUCAGUGCUGAAGGUUUGAUCCAAGUGUUUGGAUAUGAGGGAAGAGGUGUAAAUUUUUCAUGCCGCUAUGAUCAGGGAUAUGAGAAUAGCGAAAAAUACUUUUGUAAGAAAGACUGUGGCUCCAGUGACGUUCUCAUUACAACAAAACAGAAAAAUAAAGGCAAAUAUUCCAUGACUGAUGAUAUAAAGAUCAGACUCGUCACAGUGACCAUCUCUGAUCUUCAAUCACAUGAUGCUGGGAAAUACAAGUGUGGAGUCACUAGGUGGUUUAUUGAUACCUACAGUGAAGUAAAACUGCAGAUAAAAGAAGACAGAUGCUGCGACACAGUGAAUAAAACCCAAAGUAUUGAGGAAGGUUCAGUGACCAUCAGCUGUCCGUACGACUCUCAGUCUGUCGACAAGCUGAAGUUCCUCUGUAGAGGAAACCGGCCCUCCACAUGUCGACAGCAGGCAGUGAUCACCUCUAGCAACACACAAAAUGGACGAUUCAGACUCUCUGAUGACAGGAAGUCAAGAAUAUUCACAGUGACCAUAUCCAGUCUGACCCUGAAGGAUUCUGGGUCGUAUCUUUGUGGAGUUCAAAGAAACUCAGGAUUUGAUGAUUUCUCUGCUGUUGAACUGGAGGUCAAAGCAAAAUUGUUCUGUCUGAAGUCGUACCACAUCAGUGGCAUCGAGGGACGUCCAGUAACUCUGCAGUGUCCUAAUUCAGGACAACAUGAUAACAAGAAGUUCCUCUGUAAAGGAGACCAACACAACAACUUUACAGACAUGAUGGAGAACCAAACAAAGUUCAAGCUGCUCAAUGUCUCCUCCAUCUGUUUCUCUGUGAUCAUCACUGAACUGGAAGCAGCUGAUGCAGGAACAUACUACUGUGGUUCAGACUCUCAGCUGAGAUUCAUAAAGAUACAGCUGGCAGUCGUCUCACUGCAUGAAACCAGCUCUGCUGAACAAGUUACAUCACAGCCACCAUCACAUAAUCCAGUCUCUUCACAUGAAACCAGCUCUGUGUCUCCAAUUAGCUCUGCUGAACAAGUUACAUCACAGCCACCAUCACUGUCCCCAUCAUCACAUAAUCCUGAUGUUUCUUUAUUCUACAUUCUGCCUGCGGUCUUCGCUCUGCUUCUGAUCCUGACAUUUGUCCUUUUGCUGGUUUUAAAAUACAAAACAAGGAUCAAGCAAGUGGAUAGAAUCAAUACAAACGUGUUGAACUCUGCUGAUAAUAAUGUGGAGAUGAGAAUCAAUGAUAUCUAUGAGUUACAAGAAGAUGCUGUUUACAUGAACUCUUCCACUCCAAACAUGUUAAGUCAUGACAAUGAUAUCUACAACAGCGUCCUUUAAAGGAGACCUGCAGAAAUUAGGAAACACAUGACCAGAGUUUCUGCCAUCUUAUGUAACAGCUCAAUAAAGCAACCAAAUGCUGGUGUGUUUUCAUUUAGACAUGUUUUUAAUAUUUAUUAAAUAACGUUAUCUGAACGUGAGCUAUUCAAUAUUCACAAAUGCUGUAAUUUCAAUGUUAUUGUAAUGAAUAUAUAAGCUGCAAUAAACCAACCUUUUCACCAA